UUUUACGUCGACGCUUUCAGGGAGGCUCAGACACAGGGACGUACAGUAUGCUGCCGCCCCCAAGUCCUCACCGUGGAUUAUCAUUCAGUUACGAGUCUCCCCUUCAGUUUUAUUCUUUUGUUUAUUUGAUUUAAUAGAAAACUUAGCAUCCGUUUCCCCCGCGUUGCCGCCGCCCACCGCGCAUCUUUAACAGCUGGAGUCCCCGUUUCAGCACCUGGACAGCUCCCCGGGUCGUUUCCUUUUGUCGUCGGGGGGCGAAGGAGCUGAUGGAGUUCCUGGUGUGAACGUGGGGGAAGCCCUGCGACCACACCGUGCCUCCCCCCUCCUUUAAGAUGCCGUUAUCUCGCUGAUUCGGUGACAGCCCCCGUCCUCUCCGCCGAAGGAUGGUGCUUCCAGCCCGGAGGUGUUUUCAUCCAGCGCUGUCCUCUGAGAGGCGAUACGGGUGCGUGGUCGGCGCAAAUUCAAGGCUGAUUGCAACCUACACACAAGACGAUCUGAGCAUCACUCAUCACCAUCAUCAUCAUCAUCUGCGAAGGGGGAGAUAUCAUCACCCCUGGGGCAAAGGAGUCAAGACCAUUCUAUACACAAUCUAGGAUCCACACGAGAGGUGUGCUGCGGUAGCAAAAUUAUAUUUCACACUUGGUCUUGGUGAGUGUGAACGUCUGCGAACAGCAACAAGACCCUGACAUGAGCAACACACACGCUCCUCUCCAGGUUGGAGCCUCAGAGCUGGAGGUCAUCUCCCAGCAGGUGGAGGAGGAUAAUCAGUGCGUGGCUCCAGUUCAGCUUGUCAGCUUCACCUACAGAGACUUGCCUUUGGCAGCUCUGGACAUAUCCCUUGCUGGAUCCCAGCUCAUCUCCAACCCAGAUGAGGAAGACAACAGAGAGGGGUCAAACUGGCUGAAGCCAUGCUGCGGGCGACGAGCAGCGCUGUGGCAGGUCUGUCUGCUGUCAGCGGGUUUCAACUGCUUCCUGGUGGCUUCCGUCGUCCUUGUGGUGCUGCUGCUGAUCCUGGAGCUGCUAAUAGACACCAAGCUGUUGCAGUUUAAUAAUGCAUUACAGUGUGCUAGCAUCCUCCACUGGAUCAGCCUGGCUAUUCUCUCUGUGUUCUUCACUGAGACGGUGUUCAGGAUCGUGGUGUUGGGGAUAUGGGAUUACAUAGAAAACAAAGUAGAGGUGUUUGAUGGAGCCGUCAUCGUGCUCUCGCUGGCCCCCAUGGUAGCCUCCACUGUGGCCAACGGCCCCAGCAGCCCCUGGGACGCUAUUGGUCUCAUCAUCACUCUGCGCAUAUGGAGGAUCAAGAGAAUCAUAGAUGCCUAUGUUCUGCAGGUGAAGGUGGAAAUGGAGCUGGAGAUGCAGCAGUACGAGAAGGCCAAGGCAGUGAGGGAGGAACAGCUUGAUCGUCUUACCCAGAUCUGCCAGGAACAAGCUUUUGAAAUCAGGCAGCUGAGAGCCCACCUGGCCCAGCAGGAUCUGGACCUGGUGGCAGAGCGAGAAGCAGCCAUGCAGAUUCACCACAUGUGGGGUAAACCGAGUAGCUGUUUCCAGGAGGUGGACGGACUCACCCCUGGAGCCCCAGAGCGUCACAGGCCUGCUAAAGCCAGAGAGGGACCUGGAGGCCCUGCAGAUCAUCAUGGUCAGGAUGACAUGAAUAACUACAUCAGCCAGUACUACAGUGAGCCAAGCAGUGACAUGGGGAUCCCAGACCCGGCCCGUGUCAUCACAACAGCAGCCAUAGAUGUUCACCUGCCUAACAACCCCAGUCAGCUUCCCUCUUCCUUGGUGAGUGUGGACGCGGUGCCGUCCGGACGUCUGCAACGCACCAACAGCUCGGUCAGCGAAGCGUCCACUACCACGGUGUCCCGCACCAGCUUCAGCGCCCGCCAGCACAGCAUCAGCAGCCACACGUUGGGAUCCAGCAUGGACUACAGCUCCACGGUGCGCGAGGACUCCACCUCCACAGACUACAGCAACCAGCGCUGCUACCCCCCACCUUACAGCAGCCCUCUAGCGCUGGGCACUCAGCAACAAGGGAGUCCCAGAGCUGUGGUGCAGGAGCUGCUCUCCUCCCUCUCAGAGGACUCUUGUCUCACCCAGAAGGGUCUGGACCCUGUCAAUCUCAAAAGGCCCAGUCCCACAGGUUCCACAAAUAACAGUCCAGAACUGGAACACAGGGUCAACAUUUACAACAAGCGGAACCAGGAGAGCCGAAUCGGGCUUCACAUGAAGACUGUCAUCCAUCUGCAGGGUAAUGAGCCUCUUCUGGAGGAGAAAUACCGGAUGAUGGGGCCAGUAGAGACCUCAGUCAAACGCCUGUCAGAGACAUAAGACUCCACAAGGCCUGCAGUUCAGCUCAGAUGCAAAACUACCAACUCACACCGACGAGAGUUGCACCUGCAUUUAAAAGACUUGAGGACUUUAUUUUGCUCAAACUGAGAAGACGAACCUGCCAACAUGGCACAAACACAGCAUGUGGAUGAAGAAGCAUCAGGUGACACUUUUCAGGAAUUGACACUAAUAAAAGCUUUCAUAUUUUUUAUAAAACCAACCAGCAAAGCAGAUCAAGAAACACAUUUCCUAAUGACAACGUGAGCAGGAAAUCUGGCCUUUCAUUUGUCUUUUUCAAGGAAAUAUAUUAACUUUAAAAAGAUGCAAGAACAUGUGAACAGUAACCAUCACAGCACUGAGAUACAGUUGCUGAAACUUACUGAUGAUCUCAUUUUAGAACAAACUUUUUAAGAUUUGUAAUCUCAUUUGAAACUGUUUGGGGAAGUAUUCACUGGUAAGUCCCUGAUGAGCAAAAUAAACCCAAUAAAAAGCAAAAACACUGCAAAGUUA